AUGGAUUUGCUGGCCACUAAAGAUGUAGAACAUGCAGCUUGGACGAACAUUCAACCCCGAAUAGAGAAGCAUAUGGAACACAUCAGACAGCUGCGCCUUGCUUUUGAACAACAUGACGUCAUCACAAGACGAUGUAGGCUUUUUGUGGAACUGUACCGCGAAUGGUUCUCUCAACAGCCAGGCAAAGCGACGCUUCCGCUCCCGGGAGAGUUGCUACGGCGCCCAGAAAUUGUCGCUAUUGUCGUUCAGCCUAGUGAGGUCAAAGUCGACAGAGAAGCCUUCGAACCCUUCCGCGAGCUCCUUCCAGACUGGACGCAGAGAUGGCGCGAAGAAUGCGAGGCACAGCUCCGCGCGAUUGUGCUCGGCUCGCCGGAGUACAAGGACAAGCUUCCCGCAAACGUCGACCCGCUCUCACUCACAAGCGUCGCGUUCGACUGCAAAUCCUGCCAGAGCUACGCGGAAAACGACAACCUGCUCCCGCCACUGCCACCCCACAUGAUCGCGCACGGCUGUCUCAUGGGCCCCUGCAGCAUGUGGAACGGCAAAGACUCCGUCGAGCGCGCGAUCUGCACGGCCACUCCGUACCCGCCCAGCGUGACUGACGUGGGAUACAAGUCGUGGAGCGCAAAAAGCCUGCGCAUCGGUGUAUGGCACCGCCGCGCAUGCGAAGUUAUACGUGCAGUAGGCAAGAAUCCUAUGACAACGACGCGCGAGGAGAUGAACACGCUCGAAGUGCGGUUCUGGUGCAAGACCUGUCUCGAGGACUGCUAUGAGGAGGAGCAAUGGCAGGUCAUGAAGUGGCGGGAUGCGCUCUACCACUACGUCUAUCACGACCUUGUGAACGACCUUGUGAAGCCGGUCGACUACGCCGCGCUGCCGGCCUCGCGCAAGCUCAUGCACGCGCACUGGGAGGUCAUGUCUGGAGAGAUUGUCUCUUCAAUCAAGGUGAUCGAGUCGCUGGCAUCCGAAGUCUACUUUAACCGCUCGUUCAAGACUCAUCCUGACGCGAUAUGGUACUUCUGCAGCCACUGCCACGUUGGGUGGGAGAACUGCCUAGAUAUUGAAGAGCACCUAUAUACCGAGCAUGAGCUUGACACCAUCACGCCCAAUGUCGACUACUGGCUUCAUCCCAAUGCAGAGCUCACAAUGGUGAGGCCGGUGUACGUCUUCAAGCGCAAGUCGAUGACACAACUCUCGUUCGAGGACCAGUCCCUGUUCGAAGCUGGCAAGGCAGGAUUUGUGGAUAAUUUUUAA